AUGACAAUACGAGAUACCCAAUCAGAUCAUUCAACUGUAGUAUUCCCACAACCACCACCAUCAGUAUUCCAAUCUACGCCUUCCCAUCUAUCCGGCAUCACAGCAACUUCACCAUCAUCACCAUCACCAGCCACUAUACAACCACCAAAUGGAUUCCCAAUACAUCCAGAAGCACCACCUCCUUCAUAUACAUCUCAUAACUUUAAUUUCUCAGAUAUAGGAUCCCUGGCACCUAUUAGGUACAUUGGUUCUUUAAUUCAAGAAGGAGAUGAUGAUGAACAAAUUGAACAAGUUGAGCAUUUCAAAUAUACUCAAGACCUUGAAAGAAAACUUACAGUAACUUCGGUUAUUGGGUUAGGUUUCUCCGUGAUGGGAGUUCCAUUUGGAUUGAGUUCUACUUUGUGGAUCUCAUUAAUGGAUGGUGCUAAUGUAACUAUCUUAUAUGGAUGGUUACUUGUUGGAAUCUUAAGUUUAUGUGUAGUUUUAAGUCUUUGUGAAAUUAUUAGUAAAUAUCCUACUGCUGGUGGUGUUUAUCAUUUCAGUGCUAUCUUGAGUAAUGAAAAAUAUUCAAAAGUAAGUAGUUGGUAUACUGGAUGGUUUUUAUUAAUUGGUAAUUGGACUUAUGCGAUUAGUAUCAUGUUUGGAGGGGCACAAUUCAUAUUAAGUAUCUUUGGGUUAAAAGAUGUUUAUGUAUAUAAAGAAGAUAAGAUCUUGGUAUUGAUUGUGUUUUUUGCCAUUUUAUUAUUUGCCGGAUUUGUUAAUUUCGUAUUUUCAAAACAUUUAGAAAAGAUUAAUAAGAUGUGUAUUUUAUGGACCAUAUAUACCGUAUUAGCCAUUGAUUUCUUAUUGAUCUUCUUUGCCAAAAGAACCAACUCCAUUAAAGAAAUCUUAACCACAUUUGAUAACACUCGUUCAGGUUGGCCUGAUCCAUUAGCCUUCAUAAUCGGAUUACAAUCCCCUUCAUUCACAAUCACCGGAUAUGGGAUGUUAUUCAGUAUAACCGACGAAGUGAAAAACCCCGAACGUAAUAUGCCAAAAGGUGCCAUUUCCGCCAUAGUAAUGGCCACUAUUACCGGCAUAAUCUUCAUCAUCCCCAUCCUUACAAUCCUCCCGGAAUUAAAACUCCUCCUUGACGAUACCCCCAACAUCAUGCCCAUUGAUCUAGUUUUCAAACUCGCAACAGAAUCAUACAUCGUCUCAUUCUUGAUGGCAUUACUUAUGAUCGGCACCGUUUUAUUCCAAUCAAUUGGAUCCUUAACCACGGCCUCGAGAUCUACUUAUGCAUUAGCUCGUGAUGGCGGGCUACCAAAGUCACAUCUUUUCACGGAAGUGAAUUCAAUCAAACAAUACACAAUCCCAAGAAAUGCAUUAUUGUUAUCUAUGGCUGUCUGUGGAACAUUAUCAUUUCUUUCACUUAUUUCCCAAACCGCAUUCAAUGCCUUCAUGGGUGCUGCGGUGAUUUCAUUGGCUUUGGCGAAUGGAAUACCGAUAUUUUGUCUCAUGUUGAACAAGAGAAGAAAAUUAAGAGGGGCUCCGUUUAAAUUAUAUAAAAUAGGUUGGGUAAUUAAUGGAAUAUCUGUGAUUUGGGUCAUACUGUCGAUUUUUAUAUUGUGUAUGCCACCAGUUAUAAAACAUUUGAGUUGGAAACUGAUGAAUUUUUCCGUGGUUGUGUUUGUGUUAUUUAUUGGGAUUGCUAGUUUACAAUAUGUGACUUGGGGGAGAAAUAGUUUUGUGGGGCCACAAUUGGAUACUGACUAUUUCGAAUUGAAUAAUUUGGAGAGUGCUGCUAGGAAGAAUUUGGAUCAGUUUGUUGUAGGGGAUGAAGAGGAGGAUGAGUUGGAAGAGAAAGGGGAUAUUGGAGAGGUGAUAAAGGGAGGUAGCAUUGGUGGUGGUAGUAUACAAGUAAGUCGCAGAAAUGAGUAUAUUCCACUUGAAGGGAAUUCGAAUAGGAUAGACAGUGAUAGAGAGAGCGUGGUUGAUGUACAUCAACGCAUACGUGGUAGUUUGCAUAUUAAGAGAGAGUUGACUGAGGAUGAUGAAUCUAGUGGGUUGAGUACAAGAAGUAGUAGUAACGAUGAAGAUGAUAAUAAUAAUGAUGAUUAUGAACACGUCAUAUAG